CCGCCCGUUGGGCUGUCAGUCCUCAUUUAAAUGUUAAAUUUUUUUGGGGAAAGAGAAGAAUACAAGAAGAUAGUAAUACACAGACAUCUUGAAAAAUGGAAAAUGGCAAUCGAUUUGGUUCUCUCUCCGGCUCUCCUUCAUUACAUUACUAGCACGGUACUCAGUUAUUGCUUUUGAUAGUUUUUUGGCUGAAACCAGUGCGCCUUCAAAGCUGAAAGUUCCUAUAUUCUCCGUGACUUUACGCGUUGUUCUUCGCCGAUCAUCGUUUUUAUUCCGGAAUUCCACACGAUUCCCCUAGAAAUUAUAUCUCUUCCUUCCGUAUACCUGCUAUGGAUAUAAGGGAGAAAAACAGCGUGGAAAUGAAUAAGGUUAAUCUGAUCGAUGUUUCUUCUGAGGACGAUUGUCUGAUCGCCUCGCCUUCUGGAAGCUUACCGGACCUGCAAUCUUCUGGAUUCUUGAAAAGUUCAAAGGAGCGUGACAACCUUGAGCUGUAUGAAGCUGAAUGUGCUCAGGACGACAAGAAUGUAGCAGAUUUACCCCAGGAAGGGGAACUGGCGCCUCCUUUAUCUGAAUCCUUUGAACCUGAAAGAACAAGAAAAUUUGGCAAGUGUAAUCUGCGCAAAAGUUUAGCCUGGGACAGUGCCUUUUUUACAAGUGCAGGUGUUCUUGAUCCUGAGGAGCUGUCAAUGAUAAAUGAUGGAUUCAAGAAGGCUGAAACACAUCCAUUACCAGCAAUUCAAGAAGAUAUGCGGCGAUCUAAUGAGUCAAUUUCCACAUUAGAUAGUGACAAUUUGACGUUGGAAUGCCUUGAGGUUGAAUUGUUUGAAGAUAUAAGAGCUUCCAUCCAAAGAUCCAAUGGAAUGUCCACUACAUCAUCUCCUAGUAGUAACGUAGGAUCAAGAGAACCAGCCAAUAGAAGCAUUCCCUCUUCAAAGAAGGUGGAGCUUGCAUCUCGCACUAGGGUGAAGCAGAUAGCAACUUCCAAGAGGCAAAGUAUUAGCUUGCAAGGCUCAGAUAAAUAUACAAAGGAGUCUUCUGUUCGUCAACGAGCUAUACAGGCUGCUGCUAGAAGUGGAGAACAGAAUCAAUCAUUUCUUAAGCCACCCAGGAUAUCAGGGAAUGUCAACCCCACCUCAGCAGCACCAACAAAAAGAACAUCCUUGGAUCGUGCAAAGGUGGAAAGCAUUACGGCUAAAGCUGGAUCAGCUAGAGGAGCAUCUGCUAUGCCAUCCAAGAAGCCUGGUUUAGUUGCUCCUUGCAGUGUUACCCCUAGGUGUACACCAUCCCCAAAACCUUCUUCAGUUUCUUCUCCCUCUGCCACAACAAAAGUGGAGUCAAAAGCUUCUUGUUCCUCCAGCAGUAGAUCUGGUACCACUUCAUCUGAUUCUAUUGGAAAGUCUCCCCCCAACUCCCGGAGGAACAAAAUUCAGUCUAGAAAUAUGAAUCCAGCUUCCUCAGGUUCAACCAUCAAAACACCUCUGAAGCUUUCAUCUAGAAACAAAACUACAUCUGAAAGUUCUCGUCUCUCAGCCUAUCUGAUGUCUGUGUCUAAGCGCUCUUCGAGCAUAUCACCUGCCAGCUCUAUUGAUGGGUGGUCUACAGAAUCAUCUUCAUCAACUUCUACUGUCAACCAAAGAUCCAAUUGUUCAAAGGCCAGUAUUGACAUUGGUUCUCCUCACAGAGGGCUCUCUCUUGAUGCUAAUGCCCCUCACGCAUUAGACCAGCAGAAAAAUGUACACGAUCAGCCUCUUCCAGAGCUAGAGAAUCAUGAAUCAGCAUUGCCAAGUCAGUGUGCCAAGAAAGCUUCCUUGGUAACUGGCAUACCUUCUCGUUCAAUUUCCAAUGAUAUUUCUAGAAGUGCUAAGCCCUCUGGUCUUAGAAUGCCAUCACCAAAAAUUGGAUUUUUUGAUGCGGAGAAAUCCUUGGCGCGCACUUCCAGUGGAAGUCUGCAAUUUCAUUCUGGAGUACGAAGUGGUUUGCCCAAACAAGGACCUGGAAUUGGUAACCUUAGCGUGAGUGUUGUUAAGACAAAACCCAGAAAGAUUCAGCCUGCAAAUACGGUAAGAGGCCCUGGGAUCCAGCAUGCUGGAAUGCUACACCCUACUACGUUAGGCAUGAAGUCUACAUCUUCAUCGCACCAUCAUGAAUCAUCAAAGGCUUCACCUAAGUUGUCUGGUACUUCAGCGCCUGCAGAUGAUCGUCAUUGCGUAUCCUCAGAGGUUCAGGUGUCUUCUAGAGAUGAAAAUGGAAGCGAAGAUAAAUUGAAGAGUAAACUGGUUGCAGCAAGCAAGGGGCAGGGGCAUGUAUUCGCUAUUGACACAAGUCUUGAACAACUUCAUGGACGUCAUAUUUCUGACGGGAAGGAAAAUUUGUUUCAUGUUGAACAAGUAUAGAUCAUUAGAACAGGCGUACAACAACUUUUCAUCUGAAUGUGGAUGCAGUGAAAGAGCUUCUAGUUAUGGUGGUGAAGAAGGGUCCUCUUUUACAACUUGAUGGUAAUAAUAAUCCCAACGGAAUUAAAAGAAAAACACAAAGCAUAACGGACGAAGUUUGGAGCUGAACCUCAACGUCGAUUUCUUUAACUAUGCCGAGAGAUUUUCCCUUUUUUUGUUAUUUCCUAUGGCUGAGUUUGCGUUGCACCAGUGUAAAUACAUGGGAAGUGCAAGUAGGAUCGUUGUAAUUCUGGUUUGCUUCUGCUUCAUGUUUGGCUCUUUUUUUGUAGAAGUAAAAUAGAGUAAAAUACUGAGGUCUCCGCAAAAGAGAACCCAAGUGGGUCAUUUGCAAGGCUCAAAAUAUUGAUGCUCGAUUUUUGCGUAUCUGAGAAUUUUGUACCAUCUAAACUCUUGCUUAAUUUUUCCGUUGACAGGUUGACAGUGGAAAGUGAAUGUUAGCUAUUAAUGAUUAAUGAUUGAAA